CAUUAGAUUUCACUAUCAACUGGUGUUUGGAAGUACGCAUCCGACAGGGCAGUCUUCCAGUUGACAAGACGAGCGGUGAACGGAAGGAACCGUUUUCCGGCCAGAAGUUUGUAGUGACAGUAGUGAAUUUGGGACGAGUGACGGUGAAAGUGCGUGGAAAAUGAAAAUUGAGCUACUUCUGGUGACCGCGUGCCUGGCGGCAUGUCUGGCCGCUCCCCAGCGGACCGAGGCCGAGGCCGAAAUCAUUGCCCAAGACAGCAACAUCGACCCGGACGGCUCUUAUCAGUACAGCUACGAAACGGCCAACGGAAUCCGCGGCCAGGAGCAGGGCACGCUGAAGCGCUCCAACAACCCCGCGGAGACGUCCGACGUGAUCGUGGCGUCCGGCUCCGUCUCGUACACGGCCCCCGACGGAACGGUUAUCACGCUCAACUACCAAGCCGACGAUGAGGGCGGCUUCCAGCCCCAGGGUGACCAUCUGCCGACGCCACCCCCGAUUCCGCCCCAGAUCCAGAAGGCUCUGGACUAUCUGGCCAGUUUGCCCCCGGCGCAGCGUCGGCGUUAAGUGACCCCCGACGCACCGGAGAGCCCAAGACUUCCCCAAAGUACAACCCCAACUCACCGCAGAGAGGCAUCGCAGAGGAAGGCGAUGUCCUGGUGACGGCGCAAACGGACAUGGACCGACCGAGAAGAAAUACUCAAUUUUACGUUGAUUGUUAAAAAGAUAUUUUUGUUAGCUUCCUAAAAAAAGUGUAGGAAACUGAGUCAAAUUACAUGAUAAGAAAGCUCGCUGGAAAAAUGGUAUUUCGUGUUCAAAGGGCUUUUACCAAAUGUUGCUACUUUUAUAUGUAUAUUUUUUGCUUGUUGAUGAAGAGAAGGAGAGUACUGCUUCAUUACAAUUUCAAAGGCGUUAAUAAAAUCGCAAACUAAAGUCGA